AUGGUUCCACCUACUGCCUCCUUCACCUCCUACCCUGCCUCUAUUGGCUAUGCCGCCCCAUCUCCUAUCGACCUCAAGGCCGCAAGCCAGGCUAAGACUGUGGCCAAGCUCAGCAAGCCAGACUACUCCCUCGGCAAGUAUGACGGCCACCUGGCUAUCAAAGCCGGCGAAGAGCCCGUCGAGGACUGGGAGGGCAAGUACAAAUUCGCCUACAUCCAUGAGAGCUACACCUCUCGCGCCAUGACCAGUCGCUACUUCCAGGACAUGAUGAACUCGGCCAGUACCGAUGUCGUCAUCGUCGGUGCCGGCUCUGCGGGCAUGUCCUGCGCCUAUCAUCUGGCCAAGAACCGCCCGGACAUUCAGGUCACUAUCCUCGAGUCAGGCGUUGCACCAGGUGGUGGCGCCUGGCUCGGCGGUCAGCUUUUCUCUGCCAUGGUCAUUCGCAAGCCGGCUCAUCACUUCCUUGACGAGCUCGAGGUCCCCUACGAGGACGAAGGAACCUACGUCGUCGUUAAGCACGCUGCUCUCUUCACCUCCACUCUCCUCUCCAAGCUUCUCCUUCUACCCAACGUCAAGCUUUACAACGCCACGACUGCCGAGGACUUGAUUGUGAAGAGGGACCAGAAUGGCGUGCAGCGAGUCGUAGGUGUCGUCUCCAACUGGAAUGCAGUGUCCAUGUCCCACGGAUCCCAGUCCUGCAUGGACCCACAGACCAUCUCUGCACCUGUCGUCGUCACCGCUGCUGGACAUGAUGGGCCCUGGGGGGCUUCCUCGGUCAAGCGUCUUCAUGCUACGGGAUUGCUCAAGAUGGGUGAGAUGGGACCAUUGGACAUGACUCGAAGCGAAGGCGAGAUUGUCAACCGUACCGGUGAGAUCUUCCCGGGCAUCAUCUGCGCCGGCAUGGAGCUCAGUGAAGCUACCUCAGCUCCCCGAAUGGGCGCCAGCUUCGGUGGCAUGCUGGCCAGUGGUAUUCGCGCCGCUAAGGAGGCCAUGAAGCUCUUCGACCGCCUCGAAGUCGUCGAAGGCGAGGUCAUCCGCGAGCGAAUCUGA